AGAGGGCGGGAGAGAGAGAGAGAGAGGGAGAGAGAAUUCCGUAUAAAAAAGAGCUGCCGGUACUCUCUCUGGCUCAGUGUCUCUGUGUCAGACUGCAGCGCCUCUCUUCUCUACUCUUCUCCUCCUCUUCCUUCUCACAGCUGAAGUUUUCUCUGUCACGCCGUCGUUUGUCUCAGAGUGGGAAAUAAAUUCCUGUCCAUGGUUGUGACUGGAACCUCCAAAAUGUCCCGAGCCGACGAGGUGCACCGCAUAACGGAGAAUGUCUACAAGUCCAUCAUGGAGCAGUUUAACCCCUGCUUGAGGAACUUUGUAGCCAUGGGGAAGACAUACGAGAAGGCUCUUUCCAGUGUGACAUUUGCAGCAAAAGGCUACUUCGACGCCCUGGUUCGGAUGGGUGAACUGGCCAGCGAGAGUCACGGCUCUAAGGACCUUGGGGAUGUACUCUUUCAGAUGGCUGAAGUCCACAGACAGAUUCAGAUGCAGCUGGAAGACAUGCUGAAAUCCUUCCACAAUGAGCUCCUGACAGAACUGGAGAAGAAAGUCGAGCUGGAUGCACGCUACCUAAAUGCCGCUUUGAAGAAAUACCAGAUGGAGCACCGGAGCAAAGGAGAAAGUCUGGAGAAGUGCCAGGCAGAGCUGAAGAAACUGCGUCGGAAAAGCCAGCAAGGCAGCAAGAACGCAUCCAAGUACAGAGAUAAUGAGAUGCAGUAUGUGGAGGCCAUCAGUAGCAGGCAGAGCGAGCUGGACAGCCACAUCGCCGAGGGCUACAAAAAUGCCCUGACUGAGGAAAGGAGGAGGUACUGCUUCCUGGUGGACCGCCAGUGCGCCGUAGCCAAGAGCACCAACACCUACCACACCAAGGGUAAAGACCUGCUGAUGCAGAAGAUCCCGAUGUGGCAGCAGGCAUGUUCUGACCCUCAUAAACUCCCAGACCGAGCUGUUCACCUUGCGCAGCAGAUGAGCUCGGGGGGAACACUGGGUACCGGACAACAGCAUGCCUCUAAAUCUAAUCUGUUGAUCUCAGAUCCAAUACCAGGAGCCAAACCUUUACCUGUUUCACCUGAACUGGCUGCUCUCAUGGGCAACCAACAGAGGAUGAUGGGAAUGGAAAGUGUUCCGAUGUUAAAUGGAACGGCUGGGGCACAUGGAGGAGAGGACUACCAGCACUGGAUUGAUAGCCAAGCUGCACAGGGCAAAUCAGCCUCAACACAGAUCUACUCCAACACACUGCCUGUCCGCAAAGUGGCACCCACCAAGAGCAAGAGCACUCUGGCAGAGACACAGACACUGCCUAGGUCGAGCUCAGUGGCGGCUGGCCUUGAGAGGAAUGGGCGGACCCGUGUCCAGGCAAUCUUUUCACACUCAGCCGGAGACAACAACACACUGCUUAGCUUCACUGAAGGCGACGUUAUCACACUGCUGGUGCCUGAGGCCCGGGACGGGUGGCACUAUGGAGAGAGUGAGAAGACGAGGAUGCGAGGAUGGUUCCCUUUCUCCUACACCAGAGUGAUCCCUGAGACAGACGGCAGCCGACUCGGCGUCAGUUUUCAGCAUGGUAGGAGCUGCAGCACAGGGAAUCUUCUAGAGAGGGAACCAGUGGUGCUGCCAUCUCCUGAUUACGGCUCCACCUCUCGGCUAAUGGCACAGAGCGCCGCACAGAGCGCCUCACUGGGCAGACAUCAGAGAACAUACAGCGUGGCAACACCAGGAUUCUCACAGCAAGGGCUCGACAGCUACGAGGGCCGUUUCCCAACAAGCAUGGGCCCUGAAUUUGCCCGCUUUUGAAUGAGCAAUAAUGACACGUCCAGAUCCUUUCAGUACCUUCAGGUCCUGACAGUGCCACAACAGCCCCAUCCACGUGCAGAGAUGUAAGCUGGUCACGGCUGUGGACUUCACAUCUGCAGUCCUCCUUUCUAAACAUUACAGCUUUAAUAAAGACACCUCAAAGUGAAGCUGCUACACCUUUAUGCAGAUUGGGCCAUAUUUACAACAGUGAAACAUGGCACACACACACGGUUUCCUGCUUUUACCUGCAAACACAAUUCAUUGUACAUUAUUAUUAUUAUUAUUAUUAUUAUUAGAAGUAGUAGUAGUAGUAAUAAUAAUAAUAAUAAUAAUAAUAAGCACUAUGAUUGCAUGACAGCAAAAUAAUGCAAGGAGUGAAAAACUCUUCUGUAAUUUCAUUAAGCAUAUUUAAUCAUCAACCAUCUAAUAGGCCAGACAUUUUUUCCAGUGCUCUACUGAAGUCUCUUUCCUAUCAUAACUCUUAUUCUUUACAUAGUAUUUGCAAUAAUAAUCAAACGCAAGCACGUACUCAAGACAGCCAUGAAAUAACAACUUUGGUGCUCUUAGACCUUAAAUGAGCUUUAACUUAUUUAACAGAAUGCAAUAAUUUCAGUUAUGUAGAUUCUAUCUAUCUAUCUAUCUAUCUAUCUAUCUAUCUAUCUAUCUAUCUAUCUAUCUAUCAAAGCUGCGUCAGGUUGAGCACAGACACACGGGAGGCAGAGUUAGUGAAAAAAGGGCUUUUUUAUUUUAAAUUGCUUGUGUAAAAGGAAGGUGAGAGGGUGAGGUGGUGCUGUCUUCAGAGGCUUCUCUGUGAAGGUGGGCUCCAGGCAGGGCUGAACAGCAACGAGGUUGGACCCAGGGUGCAGCAGAUUUGGGGAGUUCCAUCUUCAUUGUCUCCUGAGUACUCUGAAGGAUGCAUGUAUCAGUGAUGGUCUCGGGAGAAAAUUGCUCACCUGUAUGUAUGUGCUAGAGGGUGAGCAAUUGCUGCCACACUCACUCGUUGCCACCCGUGUGUGCUUCUUCUCUCCUCCCACUUGCAGCCAUGUGAGGUCAUUUGGCUGCAUGUGGGUGGAGGUGUGUGCUCCACUAUAAGCAGCUUUGCUUAAUAUUACAAAUAUUGUUAAGAUGUACAGAUGACCAUCACUUACGACUAUAAUUGAAACUGUAUAAGCAAUAUGUUCAUCACAUUUUCAUAGCACAAUGUCAAAUUGUACAGUUUAAUAUAGACUGCCACUCAAACGUUUUUGAACACUUGGAGUUUCACCUGUUUUAUAGUCAUUAGUCACAAAAUGGCAAAUAAAGGACCUAUGGAUCUUUGCGGGACUUUUUAACUAGUCAUUGUUCAAAAUGAAUCCUUUUUUAAAACCUGACAUGCUUGGAGGGUAAACAUACUAAGUCUGUAAAUGAUUAGACAGUGCCAGCAUUCAUUGUAAAAUAUGAUGCAACUGUAAAUAUACCGAUCAGACAUAACAUUAUGAGCAGUAACAGGUGAAGUGAAUAAUGCUGAUGAUCUCCUCAUCAUGGCACCUGUUAGUGGGUGGGAUAUAUUAGGCAGCAAGUGAACAUUUUGUCCUCAAAGUUGAUGUGUUAGAAGCAGGAAAAAUGGGCAAGAGUAAGAAUUUGAGCGAGUUUGACAAGGGUCAGAUUGUGAUGGCUAGACGACUGGAUCAGAGCAUCUCCAAAACUGCAGCUCUUGUGGGAUGUUCCUGGUCUGCAGUGGUCAGUAUCUAUCAAAAGUGGUCCAAGGAAAGAACAGUGGUGAUAUAUGAUUAGGCAGGUGAUCAUAAUCUUAUGCCUGAUCGGUGUAUGUGGUGUGCUGCAAGUGCCUAUUUAGUGUGAUUUGGCCUAUUCUGGUUAUAUCCAGGUUGUUCCAGAGGCAUUUUGUAAUCCAUUGAUAUAUUUUCCUUUUAUCAAAAGGUGUACUAAAACUUUGCACUGGCAGUGUAUGUGUGCAUCUUUGUAAGUUAGUAACAGGACAAAUGGGAACUAAUAGAGCUGAACUAAAGGACACUGGAUUGCUGUAUUAUAAUAUUUCUGACUGCCAGACAUAUUUCCUUCCUGGUCUUUAUUUUUGAUUUUAUUUAUGUACCCUGUGCUGUUUUCUGUUUAGAAGUUCAUUUGAUUAAUUUCUUUCUGUAAAAUAGAUCAAAUAGAAAGUGUUCUACAAGUUCUUGCACUUUGUAAAAUUCUUAUUUGUUACACAAACACCGUAUUUCACAACCAUGAUGUAAUAAAUUAUAUAAAUAAAUACAUUAUAAAUAAUAAUAAAAAAACAACAACAUUGUUUUUUAUUUGUUUC